AUGCGCCUCGUCGACACUUCCACAGAGCGGCUCGUCCAGCUUAUUAGUCCGCCCCCUCGCUACGCGAUCCUCUCGCUUACCUGGGAGGAUGACGUGGUCCUCUUCCAGGAUAUCGAGAACGAUCGGGCACAUGUGAAGCACGGGUACGCCAUGUUCCAAGGAGCAGUGAAACUCGCACGGGGCGGUGGCUACCAGUACAUCUGGAUCGACAACUGCUGUAUCGACAAGUCGUCUAGCGCGGAGCUCUCAGAAGCAAUAAAUUCUAUGUUCACGUGGUACCGCAAGGCGGAUAUCUGCUACGUAUACCUCGGCGACAUCUCAGACCAGAUGCUAUCUCCAGAUACUCGUACCGAGAGGCUUGCCCGCUGUCAUUGGUUCUGGAGAUGUUGGACGCUGCAAGAGCUGAUCGCCCCGGCCUACGUUUUUCUCUAUUCGCGCGAAUGGACCCGGCUCGGCAAAAAGACGGACCCGACAUGGUCUCGCCUGCUUAGCGAGAUUACUGGUAUCUCUGGUGAAGCACUGACGAGUCAGGCUGGCUUUAACCUAGCUAGCGUAGCACAGAAGAUGUCGUGGGCGUCCCGGAGAGCGGCGACUCGGGAGGAGGACGAGUCCUAUUCCAUGUUCGGUAUAUUUGGCGUUAUCCUGGCUCCCUUAUACGGCGAGGGACGUGGGAGCGCGUUCCGUCGGCUGCAGGAGGAGAUCAUCCACAAAGGUACCGACGACUCGGUACUGGCUUGGCUGCCGAAAUUGGACGUGGGUGAUUUGCGCUCGGCGACCUUUGGGCCGGUGCUGGCGCCCUCUCCGAGCCAGUUUGCCAAUGCGGGCGGCAUUGUC